AUGGAACAGGAAGAAUCAAAGGAAACUCAUUUCUUAAACAAGAACCCAGAAGAAGGUAACAAUAAUAGUGAUAACAAUAAUGAAAGCAAAAAUGAAAACAACAUACCAAAUUUUGAACAAACUCAGGAAAACAUUUUCUUACCCAAUGAGGGCGAAGGAAAUGACUCAGAGCGAGAGAAAACAAAUAAAAGGAAUAAAUUGACAGACAAAGGUAAUGAUACAAACAAUGAAAAGUUUAAAAGUGAUAUCCAAAAUGAACAACAGAACGAUGAAUGGUUAAUUUAUGUAAGUAACAAUUCAUAUGGACCUUAUAAUUUAGAUCAAAUGAAGAAACUAUGGAAUGAAAAAAGAUUAAAUAUGAUGUCUCUAAUUUUUAAAAAAGGGGAACAAAAUUGGAAAUAUAUCUACAAUGAUGAUAUUUUAAAAAGGUGCCUACAUUUUAAUACUCCAAAUUAUGAUGAUAAGACAAGGAUUGUAUCAAAAAAUUCUAAUAGUGAAGAAUGUGUAGGUGCGUAUAACUCUAAUAACACCUCCGAAUAUUGUGAUAAUGUGUACUUCAUAACUGGAAACACGGAUAAGGGCGAAGAAAAAGUUACAAACAUAUGUCCAGAUGAUAGCAAUGAAUGGAAAAAUCAAACGAGGAAUGAUAAUUAUAUCCAAGCUGAUAAGUGGACAUAUCAAACCGACAAAAUGACUGAGGAAAACCCAUUAGAUAUAGAAAAAAUGAAAAAAAGAGAAAAAAAAAAAAAGUAUCUAGAGAGGAAAAAAAAAAAAAUGGAAGAAGGUCUAUGCGAUAAAAAAAUGAAAAAUAGCUCCAUAUAUGUAUCAGGUUUACCCAAUGAUAUAACAAAGGAAGAAAUAUAUAACGUAUUCAAAAAAGCAGGUAUUAUUAAAAUAGAUGCAGAAACGACAGAACCUAAAAUUAAAAUAUACUAUGAUGAAAAUAAUAAAGUGAAAGGAGACGCAUUGGUUACAUAUGUGUACGUACAGAGUGUCGACAUUGCCAUUAAAUAUUUUGAUAAUUUUUACAUAAGACAAGAUUGUAUGAUUCAUGUAGAAAAGGCACAAUUCAACAAAAAAAAAGAAGUCCUCAAAGUUUCCAAGGAAGAUAUUUUAAUAAAAAAAAAAAAAAUUAAGGCAGCAAAAUAUGAACAACUUAGGUUACAGAAAUGGGGUGAUGGUCACACAGGAACAAAAAAGAAAAUUGUUAUUUUUAGAAAUGUAUUUUCGUACGAAGAUGCUGUGAAGUACGAUGAGGGAGACCCUUUCUAUGAUUUUAUAAAAGACUUGGUCGAAAUGGAAGUAAAGAAAUACGUGCCUGUGUACAAGGUUUACCCGAUACCAAAACAUCCCAACGGAAUUGUAUGUGUCAAAUUCAAAGGAGUGGAAGAAGCUGAAGUAAUAGUAUCGUGCUUCAAGGAUAUCGAGUUAAAUGAUAAAAAAUUGGAAGUAUAUUUUUACGAUGGGAAACAGGAUCUAAAGGCUCAAUGUCUACCUGCACAGAGUUCCGUAAAGGAGUGCUCAGAAAAUAUGCCCGAAAAUGAUGAAACAAAUAAGGACACCGAUAAUAAUGAACCAUCCUUUUUGUUAAACAACAAUUUGCAAUCAUUUCAUGAUUGGAUUGAUAAUUAUAGUGAAGAUGAAGAACAUGAAAUCAUGGUCGAAUAA